AUGCUGCCCAGUUUGGCUACCACCUCUACGCCCUACCCCUACCCAAAUGGUACAUCGCCAAUUGGAACAGGUUCUUCCGGCCCAACAGUUGUAUCGUCGGCUCUCAGCUUCUCGGCUCCGUACCCUUUUGGGAACUCGACUACACCCGCAUCUGGCUCUACCGGCAACUCACCGCUUACAACUACAGGUUAUGGGACCUCGGAGACAGCUCCAGCAGCGACACCUUCAUCGUCAUAUCCUGCUGGUAAUUCGAGCGUUUCGGCAGGCUCUACUGAAACAGGGGGCGACAGUGCUUCCUUCCCUUCAAGUACCCCUCUCUAUCCCACGUCACAGUUUCCCACGAAAGGACCUCCUUUCCCAGCGGCAAACUCAACCUCACAUGUCGGGUUUUCAAAUCCUUCCAUCGUACCUAGCGGUUCUGUUCCCGGGUCUGGUACUACGGCGCUUCCAACCGGCCCUGGGGUCAUUACGAGCAAUGCUCCAUACCCGCUGACAAACUGGACAUCCUCCCCGGGACCAACGGGAACUUCUGUGCCGAGUAGCGGAUUUGGUACUGGUCUUUCAUCGAGCAUUGCCCCAUACCCAUUGCCCAAUUCAACAACCGGGAGCAAUCCUACAGCCGGUACUCCUACAAUUCUGAGCUCUGGGACAGCAGCACCGAGUCAAGGAACCUCACAAAGCUUGACUUAUGCUCCCUACCCGCUCACAAACGCAACCACCACAACCCCUUUGACGGGCUCUGGGGAUUCAAGUACGACAAAUCCUGUCCUGACGUCCCCUACCAGCGAGACUCCUUUCCCGCUAUCAAACUCGACGGCGACACAAGGUCCAACUGGUAGCAUUGGGACGUCGAUUAGUCCUGUUGGGUCGUCCCUCUCGGGAGGAAUCUUUACAAGCCAACUCGAUACUGGUAUCUCUGCCCCCUAUCCCUUGACCAACAGUACUGUCCAACCAGCACCAACAGGAGUAUCCCCAGGGGCUGGCUCGUUGACAGUUCCAUUUUUCACAACGCCGGUCGGGUCCUCCUUUGGCGCACCUGGUAGCACUGCGACGUUCCCUCUCUCAAAUGGAACCGGUAGUGUUCUCCCUUCUACUGCGCCUGUGACAGGGACGAUUUCCAACUCUGGAACGGGUCUUAUCCCUACUCCAACAGGCGGCAUUUCGAACUCAGCUCCAUACCCAUUGUCCAACUCUACCAAUUCCGGCGGACCUGCCGCCGCACCUACUGGCUCGUUCAGCGGCUCGGGGUCCCCAAUCUUUACAUCAAGACCCUACAGUUCAACCCCAUAUCCGGUGUCAAACAUGAGCUUGUCUUCACAUCCUACCGGUGGCCCAAUUACGCCAACCAUUCCGGGAUCGGGUCCGUUUAGCAUUGUCUCCACGGCUUCAGUAUCAUCUGGUUCUUCUUACUCGUCUGCUGAGACAACCUCAGCACCAUAUCCCAUUACUAACUCCACUGCUCCUUCUUCGCCCACAGGCACGGCUGGAAGUAGCUCGUCGCCUCUCUUCACGCCGAGCAGCUCUUCUUCUUCGGGCCCAUCUGCAUCCUCUACAGGUUCAAGCAGUACAGCUUUGACCUCUGGUACCGUUACGCCACCUUAUCCGACAUCUAAUGGCACUGCAACCGUCCCUUACGAUACGACAUGCACAGAAGAGUGGACGCCGCCUCCAGAGACAAGUCCAUGUAAUAGUACUGAGAUUUCAGCCUGGCCAACAUCAACACCUACGGGCAGUCCAGUAUCCAGCUACUUCCCAACGAUAUCCUGUAACGAGACCACGUUCCUUACCUACUACUCUCCCGGUCCGACACUGCCAACUUUUUCGGGUGACCUGAGCUCAACAUUAGUUCCAGAAACACAAAGUGAAACACAGUCACUAUCUGCCAUAACCACCAGUGGUUAUGGAAGCUCCUCGAGCACUACGCGGAGGUACACCCCCCCGGCGUCGUCCCCUACUUAUAACCCAAUCGACUCCGGCAUGGGCCCGCUGGACCACCAUCAUAACCACAGCAUCGUACCAUUGUAAGAGUCUUCCAAAAGAGCGUAAUGGUGAAGCAGGACAGCUACAGUCGUACGGAGGCUGUGCGAAAAGCUAGCAUUACACAGCUUGCUGCUUGUGGUCACAUCUCUUGCGACUGCUGGGCAAAGAGAAUUUGAUAAUUGAGAGUAGGUGCUUUGUUGGUGUAAUUAUAUGGAGAUAUUCUGAAGCACAUAUUUCUGCACGUCUCUCUAAUCUACUGCUUUCUUGCAACAGCUGCUCUAAGCAGGGCUUUAUCAUGUUCAUUUUCUUUGUUGCGGAACGAAGGCGACGGGAUUUAAUCAAAAAGUUCGAUCGCAAUCAGACGAAUGAUAAUAAUACACUACGUACCUGGGAAUUAACGACACCAGCUCUCGAACGACUUGCAAUGAGGACUACCGCAAACGUUGCCCUGGUGACCGAGUGUUUAUGGUCCAUAGAAAGGGAUAAAGCUGUUGCGUUGAACACUCCAUGGUCCUAAAAGAACAUGUUUGUUUUUUGUCUUUUGGUGGAUAUUCUGAUAAUACUAUGGGGUGCAUGAUGAGAUACAUGCGAAGAAUCAAGAUCUGGAAGAUUGAAUCUGU